AUGUCCAGCGGCAAAAAGAGCGAAGACCGUUUCCACUACUCUAAUCGCCGCCGGAUCGUCUCCCGCCAAUGGCUGCGCGACCCCACCGGCGAGAUCCUCCCGCGCCCGCCGCCCGUCGGCACGCGCACCCCGAGCGGGCUCAUCUGGGGCCACUCCUGCGAGGACUUCAUGUGGCUGCAACGCGUCCCGAACGUCGACGUCCUCACCAUCUGGUCGCGCAGCAUGAUCAAGGAGUUCGCCGAGAACUACGACGAGAGCGAGUUCGACGCGCCCGAACCCCGCCCGCGCCUGCGCCGCCCGUGGCCCGUGCUGAGGCUCGCGAAUGAUGCGCUCAAUCGGACCGUGCCGCCCAUCGGCGCGUAUGACGACGGCUCGGACCACGAAGACGACGAGGCGUCCGACGUGCGCUGCUGGCGUGUGCGCGCGGACGACCCUAAGACCGGCGAGGCCGUGGAAGACAAGCUCGUCCACCGCGUCGUCAUCGAGGACAUGGAAGGUGUGUUCAUGCCUAACGAUGCAGUGAACCCCGUCAUAUCUCCUCUGAAACAUCCUUACGCCGCGCUGUGGAGGCCGGAGGUCCGCGAGGAGUAUGCGAUGGCGCAGAGUCUGGGUGUCUGUGGCCCGUACUCGAUCGUCAGGAAGCCUGGCAACGAGAGGGGACGCGCUGAGCUGGUCGAUGACAAGGGUAUCAUGGCGGUUAUCGUGGAAGACUUUACCGACGACGAGGACGACGAGGACGACGCGGUGCCUAGCGGCCUUCUCAUCCCAGAAGGCGAUUGUCUCUUGCAUGUCCGUCAUGAUCCGAGCCCUGUGAUAUUCCUCAACGAAGGGAAGACGGUGAAGACGGAUAAGAAGGGCGCAACUACGAGUGAGCAAGAACAAGAGCAUCGUCCAAAGGUCGCCGAAUCGUCGGCAGGUGCAAAGAGAGAAACAGCUGAUGUCGUUGAGGCCCCGGAUGCGCCUAUGUCUGUGGAUCCCAGCACAAACAAGACCGAAAGCGACGUGGAGAUGCAAUCUGAAGGAUCAACCAAGCACGAAGAUGACAAGAAGGAGACCACUACCGACUCAAGCGGAUCAGGUGAAGGAUCGCAGCCUCCAAAGGAGCCGGUCAAGGACAAAGGCAAAGGCCGCUUUGUCGAGCCGGAAAGUGGUGAAGGUGAUGACCACAAGAAAGAUGAGAAGGAUGAAGAUCAAGAUAUGGCAGACGUGGAUGAGAUCGAAGAUGGAGUCGCGCCCACGGAGGCCUCGGAGGCUUACAUCAAAGAAAAUGGAUGCUUCAACGAGACGUUCUUGGCUGAUAUCCCGAAGCUGGAAGAAUUCAUUCCGGAAGAAUACUUUCCAGAUGCACUCAUCGUCCAUCGCACCAGCAGGGAACCUGCAAAGUAUAAGCGCAUCUUCCCCAAGUUCGAGAGAGACAGCCUCAAAGGUGAACCAGAGCGUCUCGGCCGUCUGUAUCUCAACGGCCCCCUGAUCGGCGAGGGACACCACUCUCUCGUGCGGCGCGCGCCCCUCAAGCUGCCCCCACCGCUCAGCACAUACGGCAAGCAUCGCAUGGUGACCGUCGCCGCAAAGACGGCCUUCGUUCACAUCUCCGCGCGCAAGUUCCUGCGACACGAGGCAGAGAUCUUCAGCCUCUUCCCGCGGCACCUCCAGGAGGAGUACUGCGGAUACAACCUCGUCACGCCGGUGAAGCACCCCGUGCCCGUCGGCGCGGUGGUUCCGAAGUUCUACGGGUACUACGUGCCCGUCGAGAAGGACGGCUCCGCGCCGGACCACAAGUAUGCGGGCCCGAUACUGCUGAUGGAGGAGUGCGGCCAGCCCGUCGUGCCGUCCAAGUUCAGCAUCGAUGACAGAUCGGAGUGCUACUCGCUCGUGGUGCGCCUCCAGCUCGCGGAGUUCCUCCAGGGCUCGAUGUACGUGCGCAACAUCCUAUGGCAGCCCGGCCCGUUGUGGAAGCCGCCCCAGGAGCGAUCACGCAAGACGCCGAGCUUCCGGAUCAUCGAUUUUGGCCGCGCGAUGUACUGGAAUGAGCACGUCGUGAAGGAGGAAGACGUGCAGAAGAAGGAGACCAAGGCGAAGGAUGGCGGGACCAGGCGAAAUACGACCGGAACAAAGUCGAGAAGGAGCUCUUGA